UCAUUUUAUCAAUAUUUCAGCUUUGCAAACUCUUUAUGAGUAUAUAGUUGCACACAUCAAUGCCCCUAAGCGGCUAUGCUGCAUGCCAGGAUUUCGUUCUGACAAUUUGGAAGCAUUUGUUGGUGGAAUGAGAUGGAUUCCAAACAUUGGACGAAUGAUGAAGCGUGUAGACUUCAGUUGUCAGCAAUGCAAGGAAUACCUCGCUUUCGUAAUGGAAAGUACAAUGGGAGUGCGUCGUGUACCACAUCCCGACCACACACCUUCAACAACGGCGGCCACAACCACAACCCAGCACACCACACAAAAUACGACACCUAAAGGUGUCGGUUGCCCUACCUGUGACAGUAAUCUUAAUUGCGUUUGGUCAAACUAUUGCCAAACGACAGAGAGCUGCUUAGUGCGACAGGUAACAGGAUUCCCAUUCUCAACUCAUUGUGCAGAUAAAGUAGACUGUUCACUGAUGAAGCAGCGCAUUCCAGACGCAGAAAUAUUUUGCUGUAAUGACGAAUCGUGUAUACACAGUAUUUUAGGAUAUGAGACAAUGUAAUCACAUUCGCCAAAAAUAAAAUAUUUUUUUUUA